AUGUUGGGUACUCGGUGUCCUGCUUAUAUGUCGACGUUGACAGCCUGCGGUUUCUCUUUAAUCAUCUGCCUGCAGCCCAUUCCCAUCAGAGCUGCUUCUAUUUGGGGCGCCAGCAUCUGGAUUGACCCUGCGCCGCCCCCAGACGAAGGACCGCCAAUAUCUGCGUCUGCUACAAGAGAUACUGCGUUGCUUUGGAGGGAGAUUGUUGCCAUAGUCGCCGCUUACAUCGCCGUCGUGUCUCUCUUACUAGGCUGCCUAUUGACAGUUGGCAGACGACUCCGUCGUGGUGCAGAAGAGUCUAACGGAACGCUGGAGAUGGACCUCGUCAAACCAUCUGGUGGAAUGAUGGAAGACUCGCCAGCUCCGGUGGAGUACUCUACCAACAAUCUGUGGCCGAGCCCAAUGAGCACCAGGACCCAGAGUAAUAAUGCCUGGCCGAGUCCGCCCAAAAACAAAGCUCGAUCCUUCAAUAUGCCAUGGUCUUCUUCAAAUCGAGCACAAUCGGCAGCGUCGAUAGCUGGAAGCGUCUCAACAGUUGACGAAAGCGUUGUCCAGGCCGACCGGGUGAAAGCGCAAGAAGAGAUGGAAAGACUCUACGCUGCUGUGAUGGAGCAUGAUGCAAGGAAAUCUGCCAUGUCUCAAGAGACGGCUACUACUAGGGGGUCGCCUCCUUCGCCUUUGAAGUCGCCUGUGCGCUUGAAUCCGCCAGAGGGACCUCCAGAGUUCCGACAUCUAAGGCGCCAACAACAACCGCUCUCCCCCGUAUCCCCAUCUUCACCCCUCUCAGCGUGCCAUCUACCAACAGUGACCGAGUUUGAACCACAGCAUCACUCAAGUCAUCCCUUCCAGGAAGACCCAGCAUCCAAAGAAUCGCCUAUCUCGCCACGAACCGAGAGGUUCUCGAGACUCUCGCAGCUUCCUUUCCUCAGUUCCCGAUCUAAGAACUCCACAUCUUCGCCAAAGAAGCUGCUUGGCCGCAGCUCUAUACGGGGACUUCAUAUUUCAUCCCCCAUGGGCUCACCCGAACUGAACUCUCGGGACUACCCUGAUAGACAACCUCUCUCACCUCGCACUUAUAAUCCAGGACCUCCUCCCUUGACUCCCCAUGAACAGGCAAAAUUGAACUCUCCUCAGCCCAGCACGGCACCUCCCCCAUCAUUCCUCACUUCUCCUCCCAGCAAAGAGUCACUAGAUAGCCGCAAAUUCCGCCCUACUCCUCCAUCAUUGAACAUCAAUACAGCUCACAGCACACCUCCACUGCCGUUCCGCGUUGCUUACGAUAGCCCCAUGAGCGCACCAUCCACCAAGACCACCAUCGUUGAGCGAAGGACGAGUCUUUUGCAUGGACCACGAACCGGCGUUCCUCGAACGCCUUACAGCCCAUAUAUGCCCUUUACCCCCAUUACCCCCCUAACACCCAGCCAUGUUGUCACCCGCCAGGAGCGGAAGCAAAGACAGAAACGGGACGGGCCUAGAGUCUUGAUGGAAGAGGACCUAGUUAAGAGUGACGAAGAUAUGUGGUCAUAG